AUGAAUAUUAGAUGUGCAAAGCCAGAAGACCUCAUGAACAUGCAGCACUGCAAUUUGCUCUGUUUGCCUGAAAACUAUCAGAUGAAGUACUACUUCUAUCAUGGACUCAGUUGGCCUCAACUCAGUUAUGUAGCUGAAGAUGAAAAAGGUAAUAUUGUUGGUUAUGUUCUUGCAAAAAUGGAGGAGGAUCAUCAAGAAGAUUUGAAACAUGGUCAUAUUACUUCCUUGGCAGUCAAAAGAUCUCAUCGAAGACUAGGGUUGGCUCAGAAGCUGAUGGAUCAGGCUUCUGAGGCUAUGGUUGAAUGCUUUGAUGCCAAAUAUGUGUCAUUGCAUGUGAGAAAGAGUAAUAGAGCUGCAUUGAACUUGUACAAGAAUUCACUAAGAUUUGAAACUGUUGAAAUUGAACCAAAAUAUUAUGCAGAUGGUGAGGAUGCUUAUUCUAUGAGGAGGGAUCUGAAAGAAUUUGUGAAAGAGAGUAAAAGCAAAUUGGAAGAGAGAAUAGAAAAAAUUGAAGAGUGA